AGAGAAGAGCGGGCAAACCAAACACAGAAGAACGAGUCGAACUCCCCCGAGUCACCCGCCGAGUUUUUCUCACUCGUUCUCUCUAUAUAAAAUCUCUUCUCUCUUCUUCUCUCUCGCUAUCAUUUUUUCUCCAGAUCUUGAAUCCGAGACGUCUCUCCCUCUCUACCUACUUCGUUUUUAAUCAGAAAUGGAAACGUUCCUAUUCACAUCUGAAUCCGUCAAUGAGGGACACCCAGACAAACUCUGUGACCAGGUUUCUGAUGCGAUCCUCGAUGCUUGCUUAGAGCAAGACCCUGAGAGCAAAGUUGCAUGUGAGACAUGUACCAAGACCAACAUGGUGAUGGUGUUUGGUGAGAUCACUACCUCUGCCAAAGUAGACUACGAGAAGAUUGUUAGAUCCACUUGUAGGGAGAUUGGUUUCAUCUCUGCUGAUGUUGGUCUUGAUGCUGACAAAUGUAAUGUCUUGGUUAACAUUGAGUCACAGAGUCCUGACAUUGCUCAGGGAGUUCAUGGUCAUUUGACUAAGAAGCCUGAAGAUAUUGGAGCUGGUGAUCAGGGACAUAUGUUUGGGUAUGCUACUGAUGAGACACCUGAGCUUAUGCCUUUGACUCAUGUUCUUGCUACCAAGCUUGGUGCUAAGCUUACUGAAGUGAGGAAGAACAAGACUUGUCCUUGGUUGAGGCCUGAUGGUAAGACUCAAGUCACAGUUGAGUACAAGAACGAUGGUGGAGCUAUGAUUCCGAUUAGAGUCCACACUGUUCUUAUCUCAACCCAGCAUGAUGAAACUGUCACCAACGACGAGAUUGCUGCUGACUUGAAGGAGCAUGUCAUCAAGCCGGUUAUCCCUGCUAAGUACCUUGACGAUAACACCAUCUUUCACUUGAACCCAUCUGGUCGUUUUGUCAUUGGUGGGCCUCAUGGUGAUGCUGGACUCACAGGGAGGAAGAUCAUCAUUGAUACUUAUGGUGGUUGGGGUGCUCAUGGUGGAGGUGCCUUCUCAGGAAAGGACCCAACUAAGGUUGACAGAAGUGGUGCCUAUAUCGUGAGGCAGGCUGCAAAGAGUGUGGUAGCAGCUGGACUCGCACGCCGUUGUAUCGUGCAGGUAUCAUACGCCAUUGGUGUCCCUGAGCCGCUCUCAGUGUUUGUUGACACUUACAAGACCGGGACCAUCCCAGACAAGGAUAUCCUUGUGUUGAUCAAGGAAGCGUUCGACUUCAGGCCAGGAAUGAUGGCUAUUAACCUCGACUUGAAGAGGGGAGGUAACUUCAGGUUCCAGAAAACCGCUGCCUAUGGCCAUUUCGGACGUGACGACCCUGACUUCACUUGGGAGGUGGUGAAGCCGCUCAAGCCAAAGGCUUAAAAAGGUAAGAAAAAGCUGGCAGUUGCAAGAACUGAGUUGAGACACUCCCCCAACUACUGGGAACUUAUCACUAUACCAUUAUUAUUGCAAAAAAGACUUGAAUAAAGAAGCAUUCACAUUUGUUUUCGCAAGCACAAGGUCAGCACCUUCAUAUAUCUGGUAACUGAAGAUUGCAGAUGAAAGAUUGAGUUUUAUGUUUUGAUUUUUUCGCUCUUUUUUUUUUUUUUCUCUCUUAAUCUCUUGUAUUGUAAUUUUGAUUGUGUAACCAAGAAAUCCAUCUUUGUGAUGUUAAAAAAAAAAAAAACAUAAUUUCAUGCAAA